AUGUCUCCUACAUUUCUCGUCGCCGGCGCCACUGGCAAUACUGGACGAGGCGUUGUCACGACCUUGUCAGAACUUGUCAAGGACAACACGACCUUCUCAGGCUACAAGAUCCUAGCUCUGACACGUUCGUCUGGCGGAGCUGCCGCUGAACAACUCGCUCGCCUGCCAAAUGUUGAGGUCGUUGAACAGAACUGGGUCGAAAUCACCGCAGACUGGCUUCGAGAACACCAUGUCCUCAGGGCCUUUAUCGCCUCGCACAACGAACCCAAUCAAUUUGCCGAAGAGUCGACAUUCCAUGUCACUGCUCUCCACGCUGGCGUUGAAUACGUCGUGCGCAUCUCCACGACCGCUCCAAACGUCCGUCCUGACUGCGCCGCCUACUAUUCACGGGCUCACUGGGCAAUCGAGGCCUUGCUGAGCUCGCCAGAGUUUGCUCAACUUAAAUGGACUUCAUUGCAGCCCAAUGUCUUUACGCAACUCUAUCUUGGUUCUGCUGCCAGUCUUAUCAAGAUGUUCUGCGAGACAGGCAAGCAAGAGCCGUUGAGGCUCAUGGCUUCAGAGGAUGCAGCCGUCGGUCCCAUCGAUUCCAACGAAGUCGGAGUCUUUGCGGCUCACCUCCUGGCUUCGGAGGACAUCGACUUGCACAAUAAAGCCAAAUAUGUCCUGAAUGGGCCUGAAGACAUCACUGGACGUCAAACCGUCCAUCUUGUUGAGAAAUACAUUGGCACCAAAGUUGAGCAUGUCAUCUUCAAGGACAUGGAUUUCGUUGAACACAUCGCGGCCCAGACACAGCAGUCCAAGAAUGUCAUUCUAUCGAUGAAGUAUGCUGGGGAAGUUGUAUGGGAGGGAAAAUGCGGAGUUGCCACGACAAGUAAGGAGGUCCUCCAGAUUGCUGCGCCAAAGAACACGCCCGCCGAGAUUCUCAAGACAUUGAUUUAA